AUGCCAGCUAGCGUCAUUGAGACCAUGAAUGGGCCUCUCAAGCACAACUCCAAGGCUCGGCGUCAGCAAGGGCUGAAAGGACUGAGCUCUAAAACCCUGUAUCGCGCAUGGCGGGCAAAGCUUGUUACUGAUAGAAACCGUUCUAGUAGACGAGUACAAACACCACUUGACUUCACCAUUCUCCACAAGAAGACUCAUACGGCUCGGCUUUGCUUUAAACUCCUGGAGGCGGAGCCUCUACAAACUUUUAACAAUAAUUAUGAGAAGGUCAAAGCCGAUUGGGAUUGGCUCAAGGACAAGACUAACAUCCCGAACGUUACUUCAAGCUCCGAUCAUCGCAUCGUUUGCUCGUUCAAAGUGAUUGACCUCGUGAUUGGCGAGGCCCAAAGCUCGACUCUACUUCGUCGACUGGCCUAUGUCCGUUUAAUGGAUCUCCUCUCUUUCCUCGAGGAAGUCAUUAGUUUCGAAAGGAAGUCAGGGCGCAUGAUACGGGAGCGGUAUUAUACCAACGCCAGUAUUGCUCUUGACAUAUAUAUGACAGCUCAGGAAGACUUAUCAAAUCCCGAUGUUCUACGUCGAGAGCUCCAAGAACGAACACAAGUAGGUAAAUGGUGGAAAACGCUAUCCAAGCCAUCUCCCCUACUAGUUCUCAUGUACUCUGAGGCAGCAGAUUCGAUUAUGUGA